CCAGCUCCGCCCGCCCGCAGCAGGAUGCCCGGGGGAAAGAGAGGGCUUGUGGCACCGCAGAACACUUUUCUGGAAAACAUCGUCCGGCGUUCAAGUGAGACCAGCUUCCUCCUGGGAAACGCCCAGAUCGUGGAGUGGCCUGUAGUUUACAGCAAUGACGGAUUCUGCAAACUGUCUGGCUUCCACAGGGCAGAGGUCAUGCAGAAGAGCAGCACAUGCAGUUUUAUGUACGGAGAGCUGACGGACAAGAAGACCAUCGACAAAGUCAGGCAGACGUUCGACAACUAUGAGUCCAACUGCUUCGAAAUCCUGCUGUACAGGAAGAACCGAAGUCCAGUGUGGUUCUACAUGCAAGUGGCUCCCAUCAGGAACGAGAACGACAAGGUGGUUCUGUUCCUCUGCACGUUCAAGGACAUCACCCUCUUCAAGCAGCCCAUCGAAGACGAAACCACUAAAGGAUGGACCAAGUUCGCGCGGCUGACACGGGCGCUCACCAACAACCGCAACACGCUGCAGCAGCUGGCGCCCAUAGGCAAACAUGAAGUCAGCCAUAAACAGUCCAGGCUGGCGGAGGUGUUACAGCUCAACUCUGACAUCCUCCCCCAGUACAAGCAGGAGGCCCCUAAGACGCCUCCUCACAUAAUCCUUCACUACUGCACCUUCAAGACCACCUGGGACUGGGUCAUCCUCAUCCUCACCUUCUACACGGCCAUAAUGGUGCCCUACAACGUGUCCUUCAAGACGAAGCAGAAUAACAUUGUGUGGCUGGUGCUGGACAGCGUCGUGGACGUCAUCUUCCUGGUGGACAUCGUCCUCAACUUCCACACCACCUUUGUGGGGCCCGGUGGAGAGGUGAUCUCAGAUCCCAAGCUCAUCCGCAUGAACUACCUGAAGACCUGGUUCGUCAUCGACCUGCUGUCCUGCCUGCCCUACGACAUCAUCAACGCCUUCGAGAACGUGGAUGAGGGCAUCAGCAGUCUGUUCAGCUCUCUGAAGGUGGUCCGCCUGCUGCGUCUGGGCCGGGUGGCCAGGAAACUGGACCACUACCUGGAGUACGGUGCUGCUGUUCUGGUCCUGCUGGUCUGUGUGUUUGGACUGGUGGCCCACUGGCUUGCCUGCAUCUGGUACAGCAUCGGAGACUACGAGGUCAUCGAUGAAGCCACCAACAGCAUUAAAAUGGACAGCUGGCUCUAUCAGCUGGCUAUCAGCAUCGGGUCACCUUACCGCUACAACGCCACCACUAGCCGUUGGGAUGGCGGCCCUGGCAAGGACUCUCUGUACAUCACCUCCCUGUAUUUCACCAUGACCAGUCUAACAACCAUCGGCUUCGGCAACAUUGCCCCCACCACGGACGGAGAGAAGAUCUUCUCUGUGGCCAUGAUGAUGGUGGGAUCUCUGCUCUACGCCACCAUCUUUGGAAACGUGACCACCAUCUUCCAGCAGAUGUACGCCAACACCAACCGCUACCACGAGAUGCUCAACAACGUCAGGGACUUCCUGAAGCUCUACCAGGUUCCCAAAGGCCUGAGUGAGCGGGUGAUGGACUACAUUGUCUCCACAUGGUCCAUGUCCAAAGGCAUCGACACGGAAAAGGUCUUAUCCAUUUGUCCCAAGGACAUGCGGGCCGACAUCUGUGUCCAUCUCAACAGGAAGGUGUUCAACGAACAUCCAGCGUUCCGGUUAGCCAGCGACGGCUGCCUGCGCUCGCUGGCGGUGGAGUUCCAGACCAUCCACUGCGCCCCCGGAGACCUGAUAUUCCACGCCGGAGAGAGCGUCGACACCCUGUGUUUCGUGGUGUCGGGGUCGCUGGAGGUCAUCCAGGACGACGAGGUCAUCGCCAUCUUAGGUAAAGGUGAUGUGUUUGGAGACGUCUUCUGGAAAGAAACCACGCUCGCACACGCGUGUGCUAACGUCCGAGCGCUGACAUACUGCGACCUCCACGUCAUCAAGAGAGAAGCCCUGCUCAAGGUGCUGGAGUUCUACACGGCCUUCGCCAACUCCUUCUCCCGCAACCUCAUCCUCACCUGCAACCUGCGCAAGCGGAUAAUUUUCCGCAAGAUCAGUGAGGUGAAGAAGGAGGAAGAGGAGAGGCAGCGAGCGAAGAACGAGGUGCAGCUCACCAUCCCGCAGGACCACCCGGUCCGGAAGCUUUUCCAGAAGUUCAAGCAGCAGAAGGAGCUGCGCAACCAGGGAGCGUCUGCCGCCUCACAGCUGGACCUGGAGAAGAACCAGCUGCAGGUGGACCAGCACCUGCACCCCCACAGCCUGCAGCUCAGCCACUCCAGCCUGCAGCACUCUCUGCCGCUCAGCCUGCAGCGGCCCCACUCCUCCAUGCAGAACGGGGCCCCGCCCAGCAGCAGCGUGCUGACCGUGUCCCAGGUCACGCCCAUGCAGAGCUCCCUGGCGUACAGCCAUCCCGGCGAACCUCCCGCCAAGCAGAACAACUGUGAUAUCAUGGAGCUGCAGCCCAGUGCUGCUGGAGGGGGAGGGGAACAAACCGUCAGGGUCAAAGUCAGCACCAGCCCAGUGAUGGGGAAGCCGGCCCCCAGGGCCAGCGGCUGGAUGCGCCUGAAAAAUAACAUGGCCCCGGUGGACGCCAGGAAGGACGGCCUUAACAACAAUGUCAAGGCUGUUUCCGUGGAGAUGCUUUCUCAGGAGGGUAAAGGUCAGGAAGCAGGGGGGGGUGGGGGUGUAGAGGAGGGCGGGAUGUCCAGUAACAACCCUCUACGCAAGACGGACUCCUGCGACAGUGGCAUCACCAAGAGCGAGCUGCGGAUCGACCGGGCGGGGGAGGCACGGACCCCCGCUGCUGUCACCCCCCUCCUGCACAGCCCUCUCCCCGGAGGAGCGGGGUCUCCUCACCCUUUCUGUCCCAUCCCAGAGCAGGCCCUGCAGGCCACGCUGCACGAGACCCGCCUGGAGCUCCGGGAGGACAUCCAGACUCUGGGAGGCCGUCUGGGCGCCCUGGAGAGUCAGGUAGCCGAAAUUAUCAAACUGCUGUCGGACAAGAGGCGACUGUCGACGGGGCCGCCGUCUGCCUCCACCACACCCAAAACCAAAAUACAACGUCAGGACAUUUUCACCGUUUCCAGGCCUGUGUCUCCAGACUCUGAGAAGGACGAGGGUCUCUGAAGAGAGCUAAACCAGUGGUGUAGAGUGUGUGCUGGAAUAACAGUGGUCACAUGGCGCACUGUUCGACGACCAUCACCACGAUCAGUUCAAGGUUACGCUCCUUUUGGCGUCUGCAGCCCCGUCUGAUUCGGUUACGCCACUGGUCUCAGUUCUCUAAGAUAAAAAAACGUCUUUAACAUUUGCACAUUGACUUUUGUCCCCGGGUCGUGUGAGUGUCCACACGCUCCACAAGGACCCGGAUCCCGUUUUUUUGAUUGUACAUACCUCUCUAUGCAUGUCCAGCUGGAUUCUGGCCUGCCAAAGAAACACCAACUGAACGUACCUAUUGCCUGUAUAUUAUGCAGUUGACUGCAUGCAAAUGGAAUUUAAAGAGACAUUUUAUUGAGCUACACUGUACAUAUGAAUAUUUUUCAUUGAUAAUUUACUAUGUGGACAUUCAGGGUUUGCAUACUGGUAGCACUAUAAACAUUAAAUAAGGAAAAGGGUUUACUGGCAGAGGGAUCGUGCAUGGGUUAUUUAUAAAUAGAGGAAUCGAAAGGAAUGACGUUUUUUUCGUUUUUGCCUGUGAGAUGAAAAGGAAGUUUGAUUCUGCUCUCACCUCAGCCUCCGUAUGUGCAGAGGCAGCAUCCCCUCACACAGGGAGGGAAGUUUCUGGUUUGAGGUGAAUCUUUUUAUAUCAGUUAGUGAUUUUGCUUCUUAUGAUAAUUUCUAUUUUUGAUUACAGAAAUGUCCUUGGCCUCAUUUUGAUGUCCGGUAAACCCUUAAAUGGUAAUUUUGUUAGAAUCCUUGUGUCUAUGCAUUGCUCGGGUACGCCGCUAGAAUAUUCUGAAUAUCGUACCUUUUUGUUAUCAUGUCUUUGAAUGAAGGAAGUUGCUUUUCUUUUUUUUUUUUUUCUUUUUUUUUGGUUCCAUUGCUCUGCAUGAAUCAGGGAUGGCAGAAUGCACUUUGGGUAAAGCUGCGAUGACAAGAAGGCUUUGGGGAAAUAACACAGAGUUUAGUUCACAUAAAAGUCCACUCAGCACAGUGACAUGUAAUCCCACAGC